CUGAGGAAGGGGGGUAGGGCAAAUCAGGAAUGAGUAGGAGUGUUUCUGGGAUAUAUCAGUUGAAUUCUCUCCCUGCUUAGGGCAUUCACUAUGCAAAUCAUGAAACCUGGACAACUAAAGAGAGAAGAGAUUGGUUGGAGUGUGCUGGAGGGGGUGGCUCAGAUUUAAAUAGGGGCUGGAGGGGUUAGUUAAGAUGCUCUGAACACGCGUACGCGCCCCAGUAUUUGCUGCAUUUCACUAUGCCCCGGACCCUCAAGCUGGCAACACAGGUGUCUCAGCUUACGCGCUUGAUUCCAGAACUGGGUGUAAAGCUGGGCUUGAAGGGCAGGAAGAGAACCCCAUCGAUCUUGACAGACCUUCCUGGCCCUUCUACCCUCAGCUUCCUAGCAGAACUUUUUUGCAAAGCGGGGCUGUCGCGUCUGCAUGAGUUGCAGGUGCAAGAUUCUGCCCGCUUCGGUCCUGUGUGGUUUGCCAGCUUCGGGCCAGUGCAAACGGUAUAUUUGGCAGCUCCUGCCCUGAUCGAGCAGCUGCUUCGACAGGAGGGUCCCUAUCCCGAGCGCUGCAGCUUCUCCCCUUGGGUGGAGCACCGGCGACGCUGCCACCGGGCCUGUGGACUGCUCACAGCGGAAGGAGAAGAAUGGCAGAAGCUCCGCAGCCUCCUGGCCCCGCUUCUACUCCGGCCCGGAGCCUCCGCUGACUACGCGAAGACUCUGGACAGUGUUGUUAGCGACCUGGUGCGACGGUUACGGAGACAGAGGGGCAGUCUAGGAGGAUCAUCAAACCUCGUCCGAGAUGUGGCUGGAGAAUUCUACAAGUUCGGCCUGGAAGGCAUUGGGGCCGUACUCCUGGGCUCCCGGCUAGGAUGUCUGGAGCCUGAAGUGCCCCCAGAAACAGAGAGUUUCAUUCGUGCAGUGGGCUCGGUGUUUGUGUCCACACUGCUGACCAUGGCAAUGCCAAACUGGCUGAACCGGCUCUUGCCUGGAUCCUGGGACCGCCUGUGUCGGGACUGGGACCAGAUGUUUGCCUUCGCCCAGAAGCACCUGGAGCAGAGGGAGGCUGAGGCAGCUACAAGGCCCAUAGGGGAGCUUAAAAAUACCAGUGUAUCUGGACUUCACUUGACCCACUUCCUGUUCCAGAAAGAGCUGCCAUCUGCAUCUAUCCUUGGCAUUAUUGCUGAGUUACUGCUGGCUGGAGUAGACACGGUCUCCAACACACUUUCCUGGGCUUUGUAUGAACUUGCACAUCACCCAGAAGUUCAGGCUGCACUCCAUGCUGAGAUCAUAGAUGCCAUGGCUCCUGGGUCUUCCACCCACCCCCCAGCCACUACCUUGGCCCAGCUGCCCCUGCUGAGAGCUGUAGUGAAGGAGGUGCUGAGGUUAUACCCGGUGGUACCUGGGAAUUCCCGUGUCCCAAACAAAGACGUCCAUGUAGGUGGUUAUAUCAUCCCCAAAAAUACUCUGGUUACUCUGUGUCACUAUGCCACAUCUCGAGACCCUGGCCAGUUCCCAGAACCAAAUGCCUUCCACCCAAAAAGAUGGCUGGGGGGACAGCCAGCUCCUCAUCCUUUUGCCUCCCUCCCCUUUGGCUUUGGCAAACGCAGCUGUAUAGGAAAGCGCCUAGCAGAGCUUGAGCUAAACCUGGCUCUGGCCCAGAUCCUGAUCCACUUUGAAGUUAGGCCAGAACCAGGUGCUGGGAUCAUAAGGCCAAUGACCAGGACAGUCCUGGUGCCUGAGAGAAGCAUCAACCUGAAGUUUGUUGACCGACAAUACUGUGAUUUAUCUCAGUUUUCCUUCUCCCCCAUUCCUUGAUGGAAGGGGAGUAAAUAGACACAAGUCUUCAAAAUGCCUGGAAAACCUUUCUUCCAUCUUCUCCAUGGGGAGGACAAGGUCCUUUUGUGCUGAACUGAAGAAUGACCAAAUCAAAGACCUUGAGACACACCUGGACAAAGGACAGGAAAGUUCAUCUGUUGAACAUGCACUAUGCAUUUGGUCCAGACCAGUGAGAAGGGUGGAAUAUUGUAGGCCACAAGAGAACUUGUUAAUUUCAGCCUUAAGCCACAUGGAAGUAGGGUCUAAGCUAUAUGACUCCAUCCCUUUCCAUCCAUCUUCUCUGAAGCCCUCUGAGCAUUGGUCAUAUAGCCACUUGUCCUUGGCCAGUUAAGCCUGGAGCCUUAGGCCAACCCCCAACUCAAGAUUUCUAUCUUACAUCAAUGCCAACCCAAAUCCUGCCCAUACUCCCUUACACAGCCUUUUUUGUAUUAUGAUUCUUCAUACUUUUGUAAUUAAAAAAAUAAUAUCCUCCUGCUACCCUGAGUUUCUCUGUCUUGCUCUCCACUCUUCCAGCUUUGGGGUGGUAAAUCUGGAUCUUCCCACCUGCAUUGGUUUCCCGGGCACUGGAAGUGAUCUGAUGAACACUGGGUGGUCUGAGCUCUUGGAAGAGUGUUGCAUCACUAACCCAGGCAUGUUACUGUCUGCUAGGGGGAACAGCCAAG